AUGGGGACCUUUGGCCAGGAGCACUGCACUGGCAGGGCCGGUGCCUCAGGCAGCCGGGCCAGCAUCCAGACUGCCCUGAGGACGCUGCUGGCCGUGCCCUGGCCCUCGCAGCGUGAUGUCAGCUCUGCGCUCCAGCUCCUGGCCGUGCUGCAGUGGGUGCUCAGCUUCCUGCUGCUGGGAAUCGUCAGCCUCCUGCUGCUCAUCUACCUGCUGUUCACCAGCCUCUGGCUCAUCCCCGUGCUCUACGUGGCCUGGAUCAUCUUCGACUGGGACACGCCGGAGAAAGGUGGCAGGAGGCUGCCGUGCCUGCGGCGAUGGACCGUGUGGAAGCACUUUCGGGAUUAUUUCCCGGUGAAGCUGGUGAAGACACACGACCUGUCCCCCCGCCACAACUACAUCAUCGGCUCGCACCCCCACGGCAUCCUCUGCGUCGGCGCCUUCUGCAACUUCAUCACGGGCUCCACGGGCUUCGAGGAGCUGUUCCCGGGCAUCCGCUCCUCCCUCACCACGCUGGCCGGGAAUUUCCGCCUGCCCGUGUUUCGGGAGUACCUGAUGAGCGGGGGGCUGUUCCCGGUGACCCGCCGUGCCAUCGGGUACCUGCUGUCCCAGAAAGGAACCGGCAACGCGGUGGCCAUCGUCAUCGGCGGCGCGGCCGAGUCGCUGUCCUGCCGGCCCGGUGUCACCACGCUCAUCCUCAAGAACCGCAAGGGCUUCGUCCGCAUGGCCCUGCGGCACGGGGCCUUCCUCGUCCCCUCCUUCUCCUUUGGGGAGAACGACCUGUUCCGCCAGGUGGUUUUUGAGGAGGGCAGCUGGAUGAGGAGCAUCCAGCGGCGCUUCCAGAAGAUGAUGGGCUUCGCUCCCUGCCUCUUCUACGGCCGCGGGCUCAUCUCCUGCCGCUCCCGCGGCUUGCUGCCCUACGCCAGACCCAUCACCACCGUGGUGGGGGAGCCGCUGGCGGUGCCCAAGGUGGAGAACCCGAGCCGGGAGCUGGUGGAUCGGUACCACGAGCUCUACAUCAGUGCCCUGCUCAAGCUCUUCAACGACAACAAGACCAAGUAUGGGCUGUCCGAGUCAGACGAGCUGCACAUCCUCUGAGUGCCACCAGCACCAGCCCGGUCCUGGCUCAUGAGGGCUUUUGCAGGGGGAAUUUCAGCCAGCCUGGCAUGGGGCACACGCGGGGGACAGUCCCCAGCCUGGCAUUUUGUUCCUCCGACCUGAGGGGAAGUGGGAGGAGAGGGGCAAGUGAGGGGAAGAUUGGGGAAGGCUCCCCCUUGCCAGGGGUUUGGAGGGGCUGUGGGGCAGCUGUUCCCUGCAAGGGGCUGCUGUGGGGCUGGGCCAGCAGCGGGCACGGUCCCCAUGGGACAACCAGGUCACCACAAGCUGAGGGAGGGGUGUCACGGGAGGAGGGAUUGACAUGGGGGUUUUGGGGUUUUUGAUGUGUGGGACCAGCCUAGGGGCACAGCCCACCCUGGGGUGGAAGGGGGACACU